AUGACCAACCCGUCUGUAAGUAUCUGUGUGCCAAACGCACAACUUCCACAACUAACCAUUCUUCAUUUUACAGGUAUGUCUCAUUCUACUGGAAGCGGUGGCGCCACCCCGAAGCCAAAUUACAAUAAGCACUUCACCCGUAGUUUCAUGCUGAACUACGGGGAAGCCCUCUCGAACCUGCCGGACGAAAAGAUCCUCUGCAGGCUAUUUGACUGGAAUUGCGAAUGGCUUUCCAGACCCAAUAUUGCCAUUUCCGAAAUGGCUAGCACGCUCAAGGAAAAUUGGACCAAUAUUAUGGCCUACCGGGGCACGAUAUUCACAGAAGAGUUCGUGGACGAUCUAAAGAAGUUUGUGGAUCCGAUAGUAGACCCGCUCCGCAGAGUAGACAACAAAGACAAACUGGACAUGGAUCCGCCCGAUGCGAAUGAUGUCCUCAAGAUAUUGAAAGCCAUAAACUUUGACCCCUGGGUUGAAGAUUUAUUCAUGGAUGCAUUCAAUGCGGUUGGGCCCGUCCUUAUGAUGUCCAUCCAUAUUUUAGUCAUCAACUGUCUAAUGCACAAUCCGGACGUCUUCGCAGAGAGGAGCGUUCGGGCCCCAACUACCGAGAAAUUUAAAAGCGAUCCCACGUUUAAAAACAUGAUGCGAUAUCUCAUAGAUCAGAUCCUCAUGAGAAGACGUUCAGUAAAACGUUCCACAAACGACUGGGAUACUGCUGCCUACCUAGAAGAGGACGACGAGGAAGAUACACACCAGCGCCCCAGCAGAUCGAAAAGAACCCUAGGGCAUGCACAUCCUAAAACUGCACCAUCACGCAGCGCAGGAGCAUCAACGUCCAGAAGACGUGUUCCCCAACCCUCCACGUCGACAGACAGAGCUCAGAGAGGUGGCAAUUCAAGGAGACGCACAACCUCCUUCGAUGUCAGUGGCAUCGCUACAUUACCCAGCUCGGAGGACGAAGACCAGGAACCGCCGGCAAGGGAGAGGAAGAAACGCCGUUUUGUUCCAAGCCCUGUGGAACAGGAAGACUCCUCACAGGACAAUGAACCAUGCAAGAAAAACGAGAAGAAAAACAAAAGGCCGCUGAACGGCCCCUCAGCGGCGAAGAACCGACGCGUGCUAAACGUGGACGACGAGAGUGAUGACGAAGCAGACAUCUUCAUUACAUCCCGCCCCAAAAAAGAAGAAGAACAAAAGGCGAAGAUCGCCAUCUCCCAGCCCGCCACCUCAGCCGACCGCCGAAGACAACGAAGAAGUCCCACAGUCUGA